AUGGCAUCAAUAGGUGCGGUCACCAAACAAAUCGCUGCCCUCGAAAUCUCCUCGAAGAAGCACCAACAAUCUUCUCGUCCCGGCCAUACCAAGCAACCUUCCCAAACAAAUGUUGCCAAACUGCUCACAAAAUAUGCCGCACCCCAUCCUCCUACAGCAAAACCCACUCAACCGUCUGCUCUCCGCAACCAAACGAAUACAAAUGCUCCAGCUCGAAUCAAACCCCAGCCCUCACUUGACAUCGGCAAGUAUGAUGGUGGCCUCGAGCUAGACAACGAGAAAAGGGGUGAAAAGGUCUUUGGAGAGGCAGCUGAAGCACUUGCUCUCGAUUCUAGUGUCUUGGGAGCCCGUCCCACUCGAGAGUGGAGUCUCCCUUCAUUCGAGAUCGGUCGCCCUCUCGGAAAGGGAAAAUUUGGGCGCGUGUACAUGGUCCGCACUAAAUGCGAGCCGCAAUACAUCCUCGCCCUCAAAUGUCUGUAUAAAUCCGAAAUCAUCCAGUCUCGUGUCGAGAAACAGAUUCGACGUGAAAUUGAAAUUCAACAAAAUCUUCGGCACCCCAACGUACUUCGCUUGUACGGUUACUUCCAUGACGAGAAACGUAUCUUCCUCAUGCUCGAGUUCGCCGGCAAGGGCGAGCUAUACAAGCAGCUCUCCAAGCAUGGCAGCUUUUCAGAGAAACGGAGCUCGAGAUAUAUCGACCAGAUGGCGGAUGCUUUGUCUUACCUGCAUGGCAAGCACGUCAUUCAUAGAGAUAUCAAACCGGAGAAUCUCUUGUUGGGGAUCAAUGGUGAGCUCAAGAUCGGCGACUUUGGAUGGAGCGUACACGCACCCGGCAAUAGACGCAUGACGCUAUGCGGGACGCUUGAUUAUCUGCCACCUGAGAUGGUCGAGGGAAGAGAACACAACGAAAAGGUAGAUUAUUGGGCUCUAGGUGUACUAACGUAUGAGUUCUUGGUCGGCAAUCCUCCCUUUGAAGAUAGGAGCAGCGUUAACGCCACUUACCGUCGCAUAGCUAAAGUCGACCUCAGAAUUCCAUCGCUCGUCUCUCCCGAGGCAAGAGACCUGAUAACACAGUUACUCAAAUAUAAUCCUGAAGAGCGCAUCCCAUUAACUGAUGUCUCACGACACCCGUGGAUAUUGAAAUAUCGGCCCAAAGGGAUAUCCAGAGGCGGAACUGAUGUAUAAAUAUUUAUUGUAUUGGUUUGGGCCUUUCGGCGCUGGUUUGCCAUUGGAUACCGUGUUUUGACUUGAAAUAUAUAUAUAUUAUGCCUGCAUG